UGCCGGUGGCCUCGCAGCGUUGAACUGGAACGAGUAUGGAUAGACCUUCUAAAGUCUCACAGCUCAAGAUUAACAUCUACGCUUACGCACCGGAACCGCAUUCAUAGGCAUGCCUAUGUUUGCCAUCUUCACUUUGAGGAGAAAUUUAUUAAGAAUGAUCAUGCAAGAGUGCCACUGUCAUGGCCCACAUUAUUUUCUGAAGAGGAAAUUUCAAGUAGAAGACCCACUCGUCCUGUUACUGUCUUCCGACCAGUGGGAGACCAUUCUUAUGCUGUGGCACCAUGGACCAAUGUAGAGUUGGUGCCACAGAAAAGAAAAUGGGCCAAGAGUCACAUUGAGUUAGCUUCGAAUGUGAAAACCCUAUAUCAUGACCACAAUUACGUACAUAAUCCCAACAAAACAAUAAAACUGACCUCGUGUAGUCAAGAUGAAUCAGGAUUACAAAUGCCAGACAUUAGCCCCGUUGUAACAACGCCUGCGGCAGCUUUAUCCAAAGCUGCCAUGAUAACUCACCAAGAAACUCCAUUGAUUCUAUUAGAGAAGAACGAUGAUCAAUUGCAAUUGAUAGAGGAGACUCAAGUGGAUUCCAAUUUUGAAUAUAUAAUUGAGGCUGAUGAAGAGGGUCCGUUUUCAUGGCAGAAGAGUAUUGUCGUUCCGUGUGACGAGGAGAUUGUGAGUUCAGAGCUGUCGAGUCAGCUGAUUGACGACGACGUGCUGCUGUACGACUCGGAGCCACAUUACAGUCAUGCUGCGCAGGAUAUAUUUGCAGAAGAAACAGAGGAAGUACUGGAGGAGUUGAAAUGCAACCUGUGUGAAAACAUUAUAAAGGGUGGGUUCCGGUACUCGUGCGUCCAGUGCCCCGACUUCGACCUGUGCGGCGCGUGCGAGGCGAAGGGAGCGCACCGGAUGCACUACGUGCUCAGGUCGCCUGGCACCAAGGACGUCAGCGAAGUGCAGCUGAUGCUGCGCCGGAUCCGCCAGACGCUACUGACCGACUCCGUCGUCUCGCUCCGCGACCACCCAGGCGGGCUGACAGACGAGGUGAAAGAAGAGUUUGAGGAGGGACCAGAGUCCGGAAGUGAAGAGCACGACCCUCUCUCGGGCGACGUUGACCUCGCGGAAGCUACUUUACAGGAGUUAAGUUUGGACGAGUGCUCGGAUACAGGAGCGACGGAAUCCGAAGAAGACGAACCUCCCCAGAAGAGACCUGCGCUCUCUCCAUUCGAAUUCCUCGAUACACCGUAUACCUUCACACUUGAAUCUAAACUAAUAUCUACUGCUCAAGAAAAUCAGAUUUUACUUGAAAUAGAGCCCCAAGAAAUACGAGAGAAUUAUGUACCAGUUCCUGAUGGAACAAAACAGAUGCCAAUGAAUCUGCCAAUGGGACCACUAACAUACAAAUAUAUACCAAAAGAGACAUGUCUACUAUUAGCAGGAUCAUCACAGCAAGGUCAUAACUCCGACACACCUGUGAGCGUCCACACUGUCACUGGAAAACGGGUAUUAUUACCAAUUACACCAAGUAAUGUUAUCGAUCAAGAGAAUACAAAUAAACUAGGUAAUUUUAUUGGUUCGAAAACAAUUCCAUCAGUCAGAAAAGAAGAUAAAUUAGUGCAAUUGAGAACAAUGAAUCCAAGUGUAAGAAUAGAAAGACUUGAUGUACACACAUUAAAUAAAUAUCGAAGAGUUAGACAGACUCGCAUCGAUGCUCCCAGAUGAUAAUAACAACUUCGGAUAAAUAAUAUGUAGCGGACUGUAUGAAUGGGUUCGGGUGGGUGCUGUCAACGAGUGAGUGUUGACCAAAGUAAAUGUACUCACAGUUUAUUAAUUUAUUACAAAACACGUUCAGCAAUCAAUCCAAAAACAAACAAUGGUAAAGAAAAGGCGCCAAAAACACCCACAUUCAAAUUUUGAAUUUAAAUAUAAAACUCAAACUUACGAAGUCUAUAAAAUAUACUCCUGGACACAUAUUCGAGCCACCUCGCAAUUUUGUCGUAAAGGGCUAGAAUAUAAAAACAGUGUUAUCAUCGAAGAAAAAGUUUU